AACAGAUACAUGAAAGUAAUUGCAAAAAGAUCAAAUGUGAAAAUUAUAUGCCCCCCAUUAAUUUAGUAUCCUAUUGCUUCACUGUUUGGUGAGACUGGAUCUGUUCGCCAGAUGCCGCCUAUUUAAACCUGAGGCCACCCAGGACGACCUCCUUAUCUUCAGACGCGCCUUCACUGCACUCACAAACGAGAAGUCAGGUAUAACUGCCAGCAGAAAUGGCAGCUUGCUCACAGAACAUCACACUUGUGCCUGGGAUUGAGCUUUCUCCUCAGGAAGCCAACAGAUACAAGAACAUUUUUGCCGUCCAAGUUCCCAUGUGUGAAGUUUUUCGAGCCGUUCUAAAGUGGGAAUGCAGCGACAAGCAACUUGGUCAAACUUGUGCAGAUUAUUUUGGUCAAAAGAAGCAGCAAUAUGAAGACCGCCAUGCUGCCCUGGUGGCAGAGAAGAACAAUAAAUUUAAAUUACCAAAAAUUGUACUACCUACACGUACAAUUGAAAUGCUACAGGAAGAACCAUCAAAGUAUGACGUUACUCUUAUGUUUUCUUUUUUGUGUGAGAUAUUCAAAUCAAAAGUAUCAUACACACACAUUGGUCAUGUGAGAAGUCUCAGUCAACUAGAGUGCCUCUUGAAGGAGGCCAAAAACAUCAGAAAUGCUGUUAUGCAUGAAGUCGCUGACGGUGCUGUCAACCCCAUGAAGUUUGAUGAAAUUGUCAAAGCCAUGCAUGAUGUGAUAGAUGAAGCUGGCAACGUGUACAGCAUCCCUGCUGAUGAAGUAACGAGUUUCAAAAGCCAGGUAGAUGGGAUGUGGGAUGAAGUGCGCACAGAUAGUGAAAAAGCUAAGGCUUAUUGUCGCUUCUUCCUGCAAACUUAUGGAAACAAAGAAGCCAAAGUCAUGUGGGAAGCAAUGUUGUCUGAAGAAACUCUGCUCUUUGGCGAUGACAAUGUUGAAUGCUCAAAAGUUUUCCAUUCCCUGGAAUUGACACUACAGAAACCUAAAGAUCAACUCGAGUGCAAGAUCUCCUACACUGAACUGCUAACUGGCAACGAUAAGUUCAUUGUAGUCAUUGGCGACUCCGGGUCUGGAAAAUCCACUUUGGCCAAGAACUUGGUGAUACAGCACCACGGUAUCUCAGAUGCAGAGGUAGAAAUGUUCAAUCUGAAGAAUCACAAUUUGUUGCUUUAUUAUGAAUGCAGGAAUGUUUCUACAAAAGAAUUUACUGAUGUGGUAGAAGAAAACUUUAAGAAAGUGUGCCAGAAACUCGGCCCUAAAACUGUCAUCCAAGGAAUCACCGAGUCUAACCCUUUGAUUCUCAUUGAUGGCUAUGAUGAAUGUCAUAAAGACUCGUACAAGGUUGUGCAACAGAUGGUGAACAAAAUGAGGAACCAUGAGUGUCGUGUGAUCAUCACUACCAGGCCAAGUGCUGCUGACAGGCUCAAGGACUUUCUGAAGCGAGAAGGUGUGAAGUUCCAAGAGAAUGAGAUAGCAGAAAUUUGUGAUUUAGAUGACCAACUAAUAUUUCUGGAGAAGUAUGAAAAACAUGUCACUCCACAUGCUGAGAAAGUUGUGAAGAGCUUCAGUUCUCUUGGACCGAACAUUCAAGAACUUUUUGUUCGUCCCAUUAAUUUGGUUCUUUUUUGUCACAUGGUCUGGAACUUUCCUGAAAAGAUAAAUGAUUGGAAAUCUCAUGCUGCUGUAGCUCAAGUCACAUAUGAUUUAUAUAGGAAGAUUAUUAAGACAAAGCUGGCUUCCUGCGUUGUUGACAUGGAUGGCCUUAUCGAUUAUUUCUUCCAAGACUUAGGCGAUUUCUCCUUGAAGAUGAUUUGUGAAGGCCAUUUGGUUUUCUCUCCAAAGCAAGUUGCCGAUCUGAUAAGCAGAAUAAGAUUGAAACUUGAGAAAUAUGGUGCACUUGAGAUGCUUGAUCCUAAUGCACUUCUGGGUGUUGUCUUGAAAAUAAAACGUCCAAUGAAAAGUUUUGAAUCGUGCACAUAUUUCUUCCAUCACAAGAGCAUACAAGAACUGUUUGCUUCCAAGGCUGUCUUAAUGGAGCUCCGUAAGAAUAAUGCCUUGCCGCCCAUCCUGACGUCACAAAAAUUUAAUAUUUUCAAUCCCCUAGGAGUGCUCACGUAUGUGUUCAUGGAGCUGAGUGCUGCUGAGGAGUCCACUGUCUUCUGGAAUAACUGGCCGCUCCUGCGUGAUGCUGUUGGAGGCGUUGCCAUGCAUUACUGGGAGCAAAUCUUGCUGAACUGUCGUGACUCGCAACAUAUUGCUGAAGCGAUUGCUGAAGUCUUCUUGGCAAACAGCGACAAUUGGAGCAUUGAAACAGAUCAUCAGGUGCUUACAUACACAGGCCGCAAUGUUGAUGCCAUUGCGCUGCUGCUGCCCUACAAGCAGCCUGCCUUGCUCAGCGUCAGUCUCCUGGACGAUCCAGCGCCCGAGUCCUGGCGCGAGGUGGCUAGGACAUUCAAAGGAAUUCUUGAGCUGCGGCUGCUCAAGUUCCUAGAUCCUUGCCCUCCGUCUCCGUGUGACCACAUGCUUGGAGCCUUGAACUCCUCGAGCUGCUCGUUGUCAUUGUUUGCUGGCUGUAUCAAGGAUACGAAGAGCAUCCAAUCCUUGGCCGAAGUCGCGACGCCCAACUCAGACUUCUUGAUUGUCACGGAGCUGCACGUUGACUUGACGCCCCUGCAGCACAAGCACCAGAAGCUUUGGGUGAUUGUUGAACCCACAUCUGAGGGCGACAUCGCUGCCCUGCCCGCGUCUCCCCACAUCUUCCUUCUGGCGAAGUCGGUUGCUGAAAAUCAGCAAGAGAGUUUGACUCGCACCUUACUUGGCAUGGCUCCUGCUGACAACAGGUUGCGGAGGCUGGAGGUGCGUGACUGCGCGUUGACUGAAAUGCAGCUUUUGGAGGCGGUAGCUGUGAUACAAAGCAAGGGCCUCAGGACGCUCUUCCGGGACAAUGAAGUCCAUGCGGGACCCAGCCGAGUGCUGACAAUGCGAGAGAAGAAUUACGCGCUGAUUCUCACUGAUGAACCGCCGCUGCCACCACAGGCAGAACCCAGCAGGCGUGUCGCAUCAGAACCUCCCAUGUCACCCGCCAGUCUCCCCGUUGCCCCCGUCGUCGGUGGAGAGAACCUCUGUCCGCUGGCCUCGUCAUGCGGGGACCUGGACGCCGUGUACAGGAGUCUGUACGCCCUGAACGUUGUGCUGCCGCACGCGCUGCGCUUUGUAAUGGAGAAAGUGUGCAGAGACAAGCCUCCGGAGGUUACUUACUGGGAUUAUAUUUUGGCAAUGUACGAGCAGAUGGACAUUGCUGGAAUCUAUGUCAUGCAAAGCGAUAUGCGUGUGAUGGACCGUCUCAAAAAAUAUGAUUGCGAGGAAAUUGAUAUACGUCCAUUCGAUGCUCACCCACUAAUCGAGUUUCUUCUUCUAUUUAUUAUGGGCUGGUCAAUGAAGUACAGUCCUGGAAUUGUUGAUCCUAUUGUAGAUGAAGACUACAAAAAAAUUUUAAAUCUCAUGGAAGAAGUGAGGAGCCUUAGGAUGAAAGUGAUCACAAGAAUGAUGAAAGAUCUUCCCGAACUCGUGGGACUGCCCGACAGGAUCACUGAGAUCGCAUACGAGCUGAUCAGCGAGGCCGCUGAGCUGCACCGCGUGCCGGACGCUGAGGCUGAGCGGGUGAAGGAAGCUUGCCAGGCACUCUGGAAUAAAUACUCUGAUGUGCGCGUUGAUGAUGACGCUUUUGCUGCGUAUUACGUACUGAAGGAAAACUGGGAGAGGAGAGUCGACCUGGAAUUUGAAAAGUUAUUUGAUGAACGGUGUGUCAAAAUCUACAAAUCCCCAUCAGAUUGGAAGGGCGAACCCUUCAGUUGUGUUUAUAGUUCAAGAGUUGAUCGAUAUCAAUUUGAUGAAUCAUUGAAGGAUGCAAUUCAUGGUAAGUUGCACGGCGUCUUCAUCCACUUCAAGUGUCGCGAUACAAAAUCCCGCAGUUUUUCUGACGUCAUCGAGGAAAACUUUCCUGAAGCCUGCAGCAAAAUCGGAGCUCCCAACGUUGAAUACGUUAUGAAACGUCUACAUCCUCUGAUACUCGUCGACGGCUACGACGAAGCUAACGCCACGUCCAGCGUAGUCAUAGAAGAAAUGGUCUACAAAUUUUGUAAAUUUGUAUGCAAGAUCGUCAUCACUACCGGUCCUGAGGCUGAUUCUUCUCAACGAAAUAUCUCGGGAAGAAAAGGUGUCGAUUGUGAGGAAUCGCUAAUUCUUUCUUUUGCGCUGAAAUUGCGCGAAUUUUUUAAUGCCUUGGGAUUCCUACGUUGAAUCCUGCCGUAGUUUAAUGUUUUCCCUGCAAGAAUAUCUUUCAACAAAACUUUUUUUGGUCAGAUUUACAUCUAGGAUUUUGAUAAAAGUUCCACAAAAACGGUCAUGCCUUACAAAUGGACAUGAGACACGGAUAUAGUUGGUUUUUAAUGUUCCUUUUUUUAGCGCAAGAAAUACAAAGACGGGAGCUUGCAUCAUUUGUAGAGAAGGUAGCCUUCUUACUGUAACAUGUUAGUUUUACUUCUGGGGUGAACCGUUCAGGAACAACUGUCAACUCGGGGUUGUAAUUACGACAACAAACAGAGUUGCUUGCCACAUUUCGGCGUUUUUCAUUUUUUAUCAAGGCAUUUAUUUCGUUGCAGCGUUCUCUAUUUCAUUUCAGUUAUGUUUAUUUUGUUUC